GAAACCGUUGGACUCUUGCUGGAGAAAGGGGCUCAACAUGAUUCCAAGGACAAAUCAGAUCGCAGUCCUCUAUCGUGGGCCGCAGCGGGAGGACAUGAAGAAGUCUUGACAGCGCUGCUGAGAAGGAAGUCGUCUGUUGACUCCAAGGACACAUCCAAGAGGACGCCUCUAUCCUGGGCGGCGGAAAAUGGCAGCAAAGAAUGCGUUAGGUUGCUUUUGAAAGAGGGUGCCGAUCCAGACUGCGCCGACAACAAUCGCAGGACACCCCUCUCAUGGGCUGCGGGAAAGGGGCACCUUUCAGUCGUCAAACAAUUGCUCGCCUACAGAGUCGACAAGGAAGCGCCGGUUUCAACUGAAACAAGGAACGACACAGCCAUGCUAGAGUUAGUCUUUGGCGAAGAGUCUAGACCUGCUCAGGACGUGGCACUUCGAUCUAUAGCUAAGACUACCAAGGGAAAGGCCAAAGCAAUCGAGGUAAACUCCCUAGAUAACAAGUCGUGGACGCCGCUAUUUCAUGCGGCAUAUAGCGGACAUAAGAAUGUCGUCGAAAUCUUGCUAUCGCACGGCGCUGACCUGACUAUG